UUAAUUUAUUCAUUAUUUUGUUUUUCGCAUGAAUCCUGAUGAUAAUAUUCAUGAUGAUUAUCUAUUAUUCAAUUCUAAUAUCAUUGUUAAACAUAUGGAUGGUCAAUGUACAAGCUCAAAGCAAUAAUAAUAAUUGUUCAAUAGCAAGAACAUGUAGUGAAUGUAUAUCUAUUUCAUAUCAAUGUCGAUGGUGUAGUGGAAAUAUACCGGAUAAUUUUGAAUCAAAUACGAAUAAUGUUGGUCGUUGUAGUUCAUGGUUUGAUCCGGAAAAAUGUCCAAAAAAAUAUCAAGAAAAUCCACAAGAAAUACCUACAGUUGAUGUAUUGGAAAAUCGACCAUUUUCCGAUUCAAUGGAACAAACUAUUCAAUUACGGCCACAAAAAAUUCGAAUCAAUUCAAGAAUCGGUACAGUCGUUACAAUAAAAAUGGAAUUCAAACAAGCCGAAGAUUAUCCAAUGGAUCUUUAUUAUUUAAUGGAUAUAUCAUGUACAAUGCUUAAACAUAAAACAAGUGUAUCAAGGGUUGGUAGAAAAUUAGCAACAAAAAUUCAAUCAACAACUAAAGAUUUUCGUAUUGGUUUUGGUUCAUAUGUGGAUAAAGAAACAAUACCAUUUUCAAAUUAUAAAUUUAAUUCAAAAAUUAACUGUAACAAACAACCAAUGGUUAAUACAUAUAGUUUUUAUAAUCAUAUGCCAUUAAAUUCAAAUACAAGUGAAUUUGAAUAUAAAGUACAAUCGGCAAAAAUUUCAGGUAAUCUUGAUUCACCUGAAGGUACAUUAGAUGCAUUAAUGCAAGUUAUGGUCUGUCCAGAAGAAAUUGGUUGGCGUGAACAUUCGGAUAAAAUUAUUGUUGUUGCUACUGAUGAAGAAUUUCAUUAUGCCGGUGAUGGAAAGUUAGGAGGCAUACUAUUACCGAAUGAUGGUCGUUGUCAUCUUUCCAAUAGUCGUUAUAUUGGUUCUACUAUCUAUGAUUACCCAUCAAUGCAUCAUAUAUCGGAAAUUGCACAGCAAAAAAAAUUCAAUCUAGUAUUUACUGUAAGCGAUUUGGUUGCACAAAAAUAUCAAGUACUUUCAAAUAUAAUUGGUGUUAAUUCACGUGUUGCUAGUCUUAAAGUAAAUGAUGAUACAAUAGCUGAAUUGAUUGAUGAAGUAUAUCGAAAUAUAUCCAAUCAAAUUGAAUUGAAUAUUGAAGAAAAACCGGAUAAUGUUGAUGUUGAAAUAUGGACUAAUUGUGGUGUAUCAAAUGAUCCGUUACGUCAUACAUCGACAUGUAGAUUUUUUGGUAAAGCAACAAUUGAAUUUGAUAUAAAAAUACGUUUAACAAGUUGUAAACCAAAUGAUAAUGAAAAUAUUAUCAAAAUUGGUUUAUUAAAUAAAGAUGAAACAAUUGAAAUUUAUCUAAAUUCAACAUGUCAAUGUGAAUGUGAAUUAUAUGAUGCUGAAUUAGAUUCACCAAAAUGUUCAAAUAAUGGAACAUUUUCCUGUGGUAUUUGUACCAAAUGUAAUGGUAUACGUUCUGGAAAACAAUGUGAAUGUGAUCCAGAUAAACCGAUUGAUCCAAGAAAACCUGAUGCACAUUGUCGACCAGAUAGUAAUUCUCGACCUUGUAAUGGACAUGGCCAUUGUAUUUGUGGCCGUUGUCAAUGUGAUGGAAUGUUUGCCGGACAAUUUUGUCAAGAAGAUCAAUCAGCAUGUUAUAAAAAUGGUUUAAAAUGUGGUGGUCAUGGACAAUGUCAACAAUCACGUUGUAAUUGUGAUGAUGGUUAUCAAGGAUCAUUUUGUGAUUGUCCAAUAUCGAAUAAUACCUGUAUAACGAAUAUUAAAACCGGUGAACUAUGUAAUGGUCGUGGUGAUUGUCAUUGUGGCCGAUGUAAAUGUUCAUUACCAACAUCAAUGGGAAGAUUAUGUCAACAUUGUGCACAAUGUAAUCAUCAAAAAUAUUGUCAAUUACUUCGUCAAUGUGUACCGGAUUAUCAGGAAAAAUUUUGUCAAACAUAUUUUGAUAUUGAUAAAAAUCAAACAAUCAAACAAGAAUGUGAUAGAAAAAUAUGCGUAUCUAAUCAAUGGUCAUAUCAAUUACAACAGGAUAUUGAUCAACAACAACAACAACAACAACAAAAUAAUAAUAAUGAUGAUCCAUCAUUACCAAAUUGGUUUGAAACAAAUCAUGAAUUAACAUGGUAUCAGGCACAAUGUUCACAGAUUAUAAAUGGUUGUGUUAUUGCAUUUGAUUAUCGUUUAAUGAAACCAAUUGAAAAUGAUCAAAGUAUGAAUUUGAUUGAUUUAGAAGAUGUUCGUAUAUCGACCAACAGUAACAACAACAAUCAAUUACCAUUAAAUUUUAUAUUGAAAAAUAUUACCGAAUCAUGUCCAAUACGUAUAAAUGCAACACAGGUUGCAAUCGGUUCAUUUGCAACAGUUAUAAUUGCCGGUAUAAUUGGUAUUAUUAUUAUGAAAUGUAUUACAAAUUAUCUUGAUUAUCGUGAAUAUGAAAGAUUUAAAAAUGAAAUAGCUAAAGCUGAUUUUGCAUUGCAACAAAAUCCAUUAUAUAAAGAUGUAAAUACACAAUUCCGUAAUCCAGUAUUUGGUGGUAUUCGUGAUCGUACAUCGAAAUUAUUUUUUUUCAAUAAAAAAUAAACAACAACAUUAUC